UACCGGACCGCGCAUCUCGGCUCCGUACCGCGUCUGGAGCUCCCUGCCGGUGUGCAGGCAUGAGUAGCGAGUUCCUGGCUGAGCUGCACUGGGAGGAUGGCUUUGCCAUCCCGGUGGCGAAUGAGGAGAACAAGACCCUGGAAGAUCAGUUGUUAAAGCUGCAGAAUGAAAGAGCAAACUUGCAAACUCAGUUACAUGACUAUGAAGAUCGAAUUAAGGCUAUGGCAUCUCACUUCAAAAAUGUUAAUCAAGAGUUCUCAUUUACACAGUCUCUUUACAACGCAAGGGAGCAUGAGAUUAAAAGUGAAGAACAUUUCAAGGCUAUUGCUCAAAGGGAAUUGGGACGAGUGAAAAAUGAAAUCCAGCGCCUAGAGAAUGAGAUGACCUCUAUCCAGGAAAAGAAAAAUGAUAAAGAAAAUGGAAUAUUUAAAGCUACUCAGAAAAUGGAUGGUUUGAAAUGUCAAAUGAACUGGGACCAGCAAGCAUUGGAGGCUUGGUUAGAAGAAUCAGCUCAUAAAGAUAGUGAUGCCCUCACUCUUCAGAAGUAUGCAAAACAAGAUGAUAAUAAAAUUAGGGUGCUGACCCUGCAGUUAGAGAGACUAACUUUGGAAUGUCAUCACAGAAGAAAGUUACUUGACAAAGAACUUACAGAGACUUUAAGUGCACAGUUAGAAUUGGAUAAAGCAGCACAAGAUUUUCGCAAGAUUCAUACUGAAAGGCAAGAACUCGUUCAACAGUGGGAGAAUACAAUAGAGCAGAUGCAGAAGAGAGAUCAAGACAUAGACAACUGUGCUUCGGCAUUAGCAAGAACAAAGCAAGAAACAAGAGAAAAGGAAAAUUUGGUUAAGGAAAAGAUUAAGUUUUUGGAAAAUGAGAUUGGGAAUAACACAGAGUAUGAGAAAAAAAUAUCCGUUGCUGAUCGUAAACUUUUAAAAUGUAGAAUGGAAUAUCAGAACCAUGAAACUAGUAGAAGUCAGCUGAAGGAUGAGCUGGAUUCUUUAAAAGCCACUGUGAAUAGAACAUCCAGUGAUUUAGAAUCUCUGAGGAAAAAUAUUUCCAAAAUAAAGAAGGACAUUCAUGAAGAAACAGCAAGGUUACACAAAGUUAAAGAUCAUAAUAGUAAUGUAAAAAAAAAAUUAAAGGCGAUAACUGAGAAAACCAUGUCUGUAGAAGAGAAAGCUACCAAUUUGGAAGAUAUGUUAAAGGAGGAAGAAAAAGCUGUAAAGGAAGUGGACAUUCAAUUGAAACUCGUAAAAGAUGUGCUUUUUAGGAAAGUUGAGGACUUAAAGGCUGAGAUAACCAAAGAAAAAGCUGUUGUAUCAGAAAUUGAAGGAACCCGUUCCUCUCUAAAACAUCUCAACCAUCAGUUAUACAAACUGGAUUUUGAAACUUUAAAGCAACAAGAAAUUAUGUACAGCCAGGAUUUUUGUAUUCAACAAAUGGAGAGGAGAAUGUCACGGUUAAAGGGAGAAAUUAAUUCAGAAGAAAAACAAGCCCUUGAAACAAAGGUUGUUGAACUUAAAAAGUCAUUGGAGGAGAAAAAAUCUACAUUUGGCCUUUUGGAAACAGAGAUCAAGAAGCUUCAUAAUGAUCUUCAUUUUAUCAAGAAGUCAAACAGUAAAAACUGUGAGGAAAAGCAGUCCCUUAUGAGCAAAAUUAAUGAAUUAAACAUUUUUAUUGAGAAAUCAGAGAAAGAACUUAAAAAAGUCAAAGCUUUGAAACAGGAUUUGAUGAUAGAGGACAAUCUUCUAAAACUUGAAGUCAAACGUGCUCGCGAAAUGCUUCACAAUAAGGCAGAAGAAGUUCUUUCCCUGGAAAAAAGAAAACAGCAGUUAUACACAGCUAUGGAAGAAAGAUCUGAAGAAAUUAAAGUUCACCAAACAAUGCUUAUGUCACAAAUAAGAUAUGUUGAUCAAGAACGGCAAAACAUAAGUUCUGAGUUUCAUGAUCGCCUAAGUAAAAUAGAUAAGCUGAAGAAUAGAUAUGAAAUUCUUACGGUUGUUAUGCUGCCUCCUGAAGGAGAAGAGGAGAAAACACAGACCUAUUAUGUAAUAAAGGCUGCUCAAGAAAAGGAAGAACUUCAAAGGGAAGGUGACAGUUUGGAUGCAAAGAUCAACAAAGCUGAAAAAGAAAUUUAUGCUCUAGAAAACACCCUGCAGGUGCUCAACAGCUGCAACAAACAUUACAAGCAAUCUUUUAAAAAAGUGACUCCAUCUAGUGGGGAGUAUGAGCUAAAAAUUCAGCUAGAAGAACAAAAAAGGUCUGCUGCUGAAAAGUACAGAUACAAACAAAGACAAAUCAGAGAGCUGCAAGAAGAUAUCCAGAGCAUGGAAAAUACUUUCGAAGUUAUCAAGCAUUUAGAAAAUAAUACCAAAGGAAAAUUAUCAGAGAAGCAGGCUUAUUCAAUUCAACUAAGUAAAGAAACUGAGGAGCAGAAGCCAAAAUUAGAAAGAGUAACUAAACAGUGUACAAAACUCACAAAAGAAAUACGUUUUUUGAGAGACACAAAAGAUGAGACAAUAGAAGAACAAGACAUCAAACUUCGUGAAGUGAGACAGUUUCACAAGUUCAUUGAUGAAAUGUUAAUUGAAGUCACAGAAGAAAACACUGAGAUCCGUAUUAUCCUUCAAACAUACUUUCAACAGAAUGGGUUGGAAUUCCCUACAGUGAGUACUAGGGGCAGCCGUCAGAGUUCUAGAUCUUCUUCACACGCAUCCCUGUCCUCAGUCAGGUCAUCUAGGAGUACAAACACGUCAGCUUCUCAGACUUUAGUUAAAGUAUCAGAGUUCAGCUUUCCAGGCUUCUCUUCACCAGUGGACGGCGCUUCUAGGCCAGCUAGUGCUAGUAGUAGCUCUAGUAAUGGUAAAGGCAAAAAGAGCCCCAAGUAAAUGGUAUUUUAACCCCUUUUGAAAAGUUGUAAAUACACAAAAAUUUUACACUUUAAAAUACAAAAUGACUCAACAAGUUUUAUCAAUGGAAAGUGUAAAAACUGAAAGUUUAAAAAAGUCAUGUAUUUUUCUUAGUUUUCCUUCUGUGUUCUUCAUAUGGAUGUAAAACAAUGAUAGCAGAUUCUUGACAAGACUACAUGUUAUAUACAAGUAGGGAAAUGAUGCUUGUAGUAUUAGAAGAAAAUAGUUUGCUGCAUUGUUUCAGGAAACUACACUCACUUCUUUAUCUUUCAAGAAGAAAUUUCUAAAGAUUCUUUAUAUUAUUAAGAGCUGAUAACAAUAUAAAAGUUCACACUUACCCUAAGAUCCCCAAAUUAGGUUUUCUUUAUUAAAAGGAAGGGAUUUUUUCCCCCAGACAUUUGGGGGAAAAAAAUCAGUCAAAGAAGUUUUUUUUUUUGGCAUAAUUUUUUCCCAAAAGGUAGCAUUACCUCCACCUUUCAAAGAAAACAACUGAUAAGAAAAAGACUGUGUAUCAAUACAAAGUACAGCUUAACUUUUUAAGAAUUUCUUAAAUUCAUUCUGACCUUGAAAGGAAUCAUACACAUUAUUUGCUUACAGAUACAGCUAACCAAACAUAAAGAAUAUUUAAAAAUUUUUCUUGAUUUAAUAAACAAUUUAAAGAAAACUAAGUAUGGUUUGCAAUAGGAAUUUAACAAGUUUACAGUAGAGGCAGACCACCAGAUUUAGAAUUAAGUUUUUCGAGUUAAUACUUUACUAUAACGUGUGUCCAACACUGACGUUUGGAAUAGAUAUGGAAUAUUAUAAAAACUAGAUUUAAAAUAAAUGUAUUAGAAUCCAUGUACUUAAAUGAGUGUCUUUUUUAAACCUUGGAAAAAAUAUUGCAAUUGAACCAUCCUUUUCAUUUCCUUCUGAAAAUUAGUGGUAGUAAAUCUUUCUCUUAAUUAUUUUGUUUUAGAAACAGCCAGGAAAAGGCAUACCAAAGUAAGAUUGCUAAAAAAGUUGGAUAAUAUCACUUUUAGCUAAAACUUUGCUCUAAUGAAUGAGAUUUAUAAGACCUAAAAACUGAUUAAAGUCACUUUGUUAACCAGAUUUUUUCCCAUUUUACUAUAUACAUUUUUUUUCUCUCAAUCCUUCACAGACCACCACAUUCUUAUUCUCUGCCUUCUAUUAGUUGAAAUUAGUUAUAAAUUACUUGGAACUUGAAGUAAUACUAAACACUGUGCUCUCUGAAAGCAGAGGGGUGUCUUAAGUCAGCUCUGUGACUCUGGGCAGUUGUUUCUCCAGGCCUUUUUCCCUCAUCUGUAAUACAGAAUAAGUUACCUUAUUGAAAUUAUUGGAUAAUAUAUGCAAACCCCACAGGGCUUGAUGUAGUAAUUGUAAUAUAACAACUUUUACCUAUUAUUGAGUCAACAUCCAAAGGUUAGCAACUAUUUGUGGAAUGAUUAGGUUCUUAGAGGCCAGCAUGCAAGUCUGCAUUUAACCCUCAGAGAACAGCUCUAUUUUCAGUGUAAAAGGGCACCAGCUCUAUUUUCAGCUGCUAUGGCACCAGCCACAUACACCGGAGCUGGUGGGUUCAAACCUAGCCUUGGCCUGCCAAACAACAACUACAACCAAAAAUAGCUGGGUGUUGUGGCAGGUGCCUGUAGUCCCAGUUACUUGGGAGACUGAGGCAAGAGAAUCACUUAAGCCCAAGAGUUGGAGGUUGCUGUGAGCUGUGUGAGGCCACGGCACUCUACCGAGGGUGACAUUGUGAGACUCUGGUCUUAAAAUAAAUCAAUAAAAUAAAUAAAUAAAAACACCAUUAUGCAGGACUAUAUAAAGAUACUAAUGCUAUUGAGGACUGUUUUAAGGUGAACUUCUUGGUAUAAACACUAACCGCUGAGUGACAGCCUAUUUCUAAUGCCAUUAUCUAUUUCUCAUAACCAGGGUUUCUUUUCCCUGUUAAAUUGCAAAACAGAUUUCAGAUUUUCUAGUAGGGCCCCAUCUCUGGAAUUUGCAGGACACAAACAGUACACACCCAGUACUAAAAGUGUGGGUGUUUUACUGUUGGCAAGACUCUCCUUCUUCAUUCUCUCAUUUAAAUCUUUUAUAGAUGAAUACCCAUCUACCCACCUACCUGUACCCAUCCAUCAUCAUGAGUGACAGUAUUCAAAUCACUUACUGAUCUAGAAUCUUAAACUGGAAGGAUUCUAGACACAAACCCAACACCUCUGACUCCUAUCUCUACCUCCCAAAGAGUACGGUAUAUUGUUGUUAGGGAUUUGGGAGAAUCUUUAUCACACAAGUCCCUUCCUUUGUUAGCUACAGAUACUGGGAUUCAUACCAAGUCAAAAUCAGGCUCUGCUUGGUCUAGUUAUUUAUUCAGACCCCAAGGAGGCAUCAGGGAAGCAUCAAGGGAGAGGAGGUGGCAAGAAGAAAAGUAGAAACGCAGGCCAGACUUACACUAUUUAAAAACAGGCCUCGUGCUUUCCCGACUGCACAUUUGUAAUACUAGGAUAGUUUCUUAAUUUUCUUUCCCUAGAGAGAAAAGGAGAUUUGGUGUACUCCUCGGCCUGUGCUUUUGGCUAAAAGGAUUUUUUUUUUUUUUUAAUCUAUUCUUGCCCGGAAUAUACACAGUUUCUAAGGGCUUUACUAAUAUUUAAAGUUAAAUUUCUUAUGGGUACAAAGCUAGCAAUAAGAUGAAAAUAAUAAUGAAGAAAUAAGCAAAAUGGGCUCCUAUUCAACUUUCAUGAUCUUAUAUCUAAGGACGUGUUAAAGCAACAAUUCAACAAG